AUGGCAAGAAAUGUUGCGAGGCAGAUUGCACGGGAGGCACAUCAGUCAGCUGAGGUUCGAAAGGAUGCGGCGCAGGAGGCAGCGGCCUGCCCUGUUGCGUAUUGCUUUCAGGAAAGCUCCAUGCUCACGGCUGGCAGCCACAGCAUCUUCAUUGUUGGUUGGCGUGGGCGACCGAGGCUGCGUCGCAAGCUCGCCGAGAAGGUCAAGAAGCUGAUGUUCGUGCAUACCCACAACCAAUAUAUACCACGUUACCACAUACUUCGGCAUUUGGACGCAAAAGAAAUUGAGAAGGCACGCAAUGAAUUCAAGUUAGGGCAGCUGCGUGUUGCGAUGGUUGGUAGCUUCUUCAUACCAGGCACACAAUUCGUCGCAGUUACACAAUACAAAAAUGCCGAGGUUGCUGAAGUCAAAAUCGAUGAAAACCCGUUUGCCGGUGGAAGGCGUAAGCGCAAGCGUGGAGGCAGCUCUGCGUCCAGUCUAAGCUGA